AGCCAUGGAGGUCUCUGCGGGGCUGCCUUCCAGGAAAGAGUCCACUGUAUCUGUUUCCAGCGAGUCACAACCAACACCAGUACAGAUCACAGUGCUCAAGGCACAGGACCUGAAAACUCUCAAAAGUGAUGUGACAGUCACUUCAGUGUGUGUGGAGUACAACGGAGUGAUCGUGGGACAGUCUUCCAGGACUGAUGUCCUGCCAAAUGGGACAGCAGACUACAAUUUCACAACCAGCUUUGAGUGCAGCCCCGAUGGGCCCAACUCCCUGGAUGACAUUGCACAAACCCCUGUACUCUUGACAGUGAUAGAAAUGUUGCAAAAGGACAAGAAACAGAAGGAGAGGACCACAUCUCUUGGUCAAGCUGUGGUAGACCUUCUACCUCUACUGCAAGGACAAUGUUCAUUUCAGGUCACAGCUCCUUUAUAUGCAGUGCCUACCUCUCCAUCAGAGAACCUUCACCCAGAGGCCAAGGGUGGCCUUGAAGUGACAGUGAGCACCAAAGAGCCUCUGCUGACUGCCAUGCAGCUUUCAAACGGUAACUUCCUGAGCAUCACACUGGAGGCAGCUUAUUCUAUCCCUGAAGCGUUUGCUGCCACAGGACCCCUGCAAAACUACAUGGCUUGCUUGCAAGUGCCAGCAACUGGGGAGAAAGAACUCCCCUUGCUCUUCAAGAAUGGCAUCCUGAAGCUUGCUGGUGAGAAAGAGCCAUUACCCCGGCCCAAAAAGUGGCCCCUUGCUAACAUUAUGGCCCCUGGCGCUCUGAACAUACCCAACUCCUUCAUUGUUGGUGGUCCCUAUGAGGAUGAGGAUGGAGAGCUCAACAAAGGAGAGGACAGGGAAUUUAGGACCCAAGCAGAAAGCAUGAAGAGAGUUGUGUGGGACAUGGAAAGUCGUUGUUACCUGGAUCCUGCUGCAGUAGUCACCCUGCAGAAGCGCAUAGCAGAGUGCCAGUAUUGGCCUGUGGAGGUCUGCAGGAUAUCUGUGGCCUUACCCAGCAAAGGGAAAACCAGCAAAGCUGACAAGGGAGAUGAGGAAAAGCAGAUUUCCUUCCAUGGUGUGGCAUAUGUCAACAUGAUGCCUUUGCUCUGCCCUGGUGUGAAGCAGAUCCGAGGCGCUUUUCGUGUCUGUGCCUACCAAGACAGCAAAGUGUUUGAGAAGACCAAAAGUCAGCACAGCGUUUUCCGGGAUGUCAGGAGGCAGCUCAGUGUGACUCGGGUGGGCUCGGGGACCUUAGGGUUCGGUGCUCCCCUUACCCGAGCUGCUCCCAGCAAGACUCAGAAGGAAGACAAAGAGAAAAGCACCAACAAGAAGGUAAGGUCUAGAGAGAUGUCCCACACGCCCAAAAUCCAGUUGCCAAAUGGCACUGGAGAAGCGGAAAAUGCCAUGCAUCUCAACCCUGAAGGACAGCAAUAUGUUGAAGCAGGAACGUUCCUGGUGAUGGAGAUAAAGCUGGACAAGGCCUUGGUACCAAGGAGACUGCGAGAGGAGCUCACCGAACGGGUCAAGCAGAUGAUUCCUCCUCGCCCUCCGCUACCUCCCCGGACUUCAGGAGCCCAGAAGGCUGUGGAAGAUUAUCACCACCACGUCACGAGCAUUGCUGCUGCCAUCCUAAAUGAAUGCCAUGAACUCUUUGGAAAGCAGCCGCCUGACCAGGGAAUGACAGACCACCAAACGCUGGAGGAACAGAAGCGUCAGCUCAACUUUGAGCUCAACAGCUCUGGCAAAUACUUUGCUUUUAAGGAACAGCUAAAGUAUGCUGUAGUGAAGAUUGUGAGGGAGAAAUACCUGAAGACCACAGCGUUUGAGAGCCAGGAGCAAUUCCAGGCAUUCCUCAGUGAGCUCUACGUGUACCUCGUGGACCAGAUGCACAUUGCCCUGAACCAGCUGCUGUUUGAGGAAGCUGCUCCUUCUGCCCCUCCAUCCCUCAUGACACAGAAGCAGCUCGGGCUCUUUGCUCAUGAGGCUCAAGUCAUCAAGGACUACAAGUUGGCAUCUCUCUACCACCAGCAGAGGGUAGCUCAGGACCAGUACAACAUCGAGUGCUGGCUGGACUAUGGGGCGUUCUGCCUCCUGCUCGAGGAAACAACCAAAGCCCAUGAGUGCUUCCAGCGGGCUCUUUCUCUGGAUCCCAAUCACAUCCAGAGUUUGCUGCUCUGUGGGAUUACAGCUGCCAUGCUGCAGCACGAUGAAGAGGCAGAGGUUUUAUUUGAGGAUGUCUGCUGCUUGGAGCCAUCCAGUGUGGUGGCCUGGACGCUUUCAGGUUUGUUUUAUGAGCUGCAGGAUAAUAAUAUUCAGGCAGAAAUGGCCUUCCGUGAGGCUAAGAAGCUCCUGCAAGCACAGCUCGCCAAGGAGAGGAAUAUCCCUGAGGCUGCUGAGGCAGAAGGAGGUAAAAAAAACCCCAUUUCUGCUGGGUGUGUGAGGUCUCCCAGCCCAGGCCCAGAAGACCACUUGCCAGAGAAGGUUCCAAAUGGCUCUGCUGACAAACUGCCAAAGGUGAUGGAGCCUGCCCCAGCCUGUGUGGCACCCAAGGAAGAGGCAACUGCACCAGAGGCAGCCCCGAAAGCACCGUCCCCUGGUUCAGGACUUGGACAACCUCCCUGCACUAUCUUCAUGAAGACAGUGGAAUUCCUGAUGAAAGUCAAUGCUGUCCAGUUUGUUCACAAGGCCCUUGCCCACGAGCUGCUGAGCCUCCAGGGUGGUCCCUCCAGUGGGUACUACCUGGCGCUGGCCCAGACUUACUUGCUGAAAGAAGAACUCUCCAAAUGUGAAGAAUGUCUCUGCGAGGCUGUUAGGAUUGACUGCAUGAAUCCAAACGUCUGGGCUCAGAAAGGGCACCUCUGCUACCUGAAGGAAGACUUUGGUGAGGCAAAGGAGUGCUAUGAGCGAACCAUGGGGUUUAUGGAGGAUGCUGAAGAUAUGCACUUUGUCUACCUGCGCCUGGGCUCCAUCUACCUGGAGGAGAAAUUGUAUGGCCGAGCGAAAAAGAUCUACCUGCUCGCCUGCAAAGACUCCGCGUCCUGUCUCACCUGGCUGGGGGUGGGAAUCGCCUGCUACAGGCUGAAGGAGAUGGUGGAAGCAGAAGAUGCCCUCUCUGAAGCCAAUGCCCUCAAUAACACCAAUGCUGAAGUGUGGGCAUAUCUCUCCCUCAUCUGCCUGCAUGGAGGACGGCAUAUGGAGGCAGAGCAGUGCUACAAGUACGUCAUCAAG